GAGAGAGUGAGGGAGAGGGAGAGAGAGAUACAGACAGAGAGUGAGAGAAAAAGAGAGUGAGGUGGAGAAAAAAAACGGCGAAGGAAACGCGAGUAAACCUGCGGUGGUCUGGCGGAGCCCAUGCACGUACCGAGCGGCCGGGAUAAGAGUCGUGGCCGGUGGCGGAGCCGUUGGGUUUGAACCGCUUUCAAGUCAUGCAGUCCACGGGAAGCACUUCCUCCCAGCCGCUGAUGGACACGCCCAGCUCGGGUGACAGCUUCCUGUUCAGCGAUGAUGACUCUGAGGUCUUCCUGUCGGAGGAGAGUGAGGGCCGCUCCAGUCGGAGUGUGUGCAGUCUGGAUGGCGGCCUGGAGAGUCCUGGCUCCCAGUGGGCCCGAGACGGCUUCGGAGAGAGCUCAGAGGUCAGCAGGGGUCACGGCAGAUCAGCUUCUGGAUCCGAAUCAUCCUCGCUCUCCCUCUCCUCUUCCUUCUCGUCUUCCUCCUCUUCAGGGCUAGGCUGGAGCAGUGCGGAGAGCAAGGGAGGAAAGGAGAAGGAAAAAUCUGGAGGCACACAAGGAGACAUGCUCUUUGCUCAGAAAUGUUUAGAGCUUCAGGGCUUCGUCAGGCCCCUGUUGGAGCUUUUGAAUGGACUGAAGAAAGGACGAUUUGACAAAGGUCUGAGCAGUUUCCAGCAGAGUGUUGCCAUGGACCGAAUCCAGAGGAUUGUGGGAGUGCUGCAGAAGCCUCACAUUGGGGAGAAGUAUUUGCCCACCCUAUUACAGAUAGAAAUGAUGUUAAAACUCUGGUUCCCUCAAGUGACCCUUCACCCUGCAGGGACAACCAUCUCCACUGACCUUUCAGGACAGGGCACAUCCGGUACUAAUACGCCCCCACACAAGCAUAAAGACCAACUGCACAUUCCAGUUAAGAAGCGAAGGCUGAGCUGGUCGGACACAGACUCCUCUUCCACUCCUCCUCCUGUUGCAUGCAAGCAGGUCAAAGUUCAUGAAAAGUUGAGUCAGUGGACGAAAGAGGAAGGAGGUGAGGGUUCAUCUGGAUGUAGACCACAAGUAGACCAGUCUGAGAAGAGAGAGGGGAAAAUGUCAGGACACAAGGCCAUCCACUGGUCCGAGCCCAGCCUGACAUGGGUGCAUGUCGCACCUAUUUUCUCUCCCCCUAAGUCCUGCCCCUCUCACGAAGGAGGAGACGGGGACAAACAGAAUGGGCGUGGCUAUGUUCUUCUCACCAUCCCUCCUCCCACCAGCAGGGGCAGUCCGGCGACCCAGGACAGCUCCAUCUCCUCCACGACACCCUUCUCUGAACCUGUUGGGUGCCAAAGCCAGCCGGUUGACUCGGAGACGACAAAUCCCGCGAGAGGUUGGGAGCAGUCCCCUCCAGUCACAACACAGCCUUCAAGUCGGGCAGAGCUCCGCCCAUUAGAAACUUGAACGCACUAAAAACAAGCACAACCAAAAGAGAGACUUGUCAGAGCAAUUGUGUGGAGAACUUUGAGGUAUUUCCUUUAAAGGGAUCGCUUAAACAGUGUUUUAUUUUUAUUUUGACGAAUAUCUGGGCAGCUUUGGAUUGGCUUGUCUGAGAAUACAUGCUUUUAAGAUUCUUUUAAAAAAGGAUUGAAAACCAGUAGAGGCCCAUGAAUAACAGCUGCAGUGUGACAUGCUAUCUAGAAUCGGUUACCCAUUCCUGUGAAUGAAAUAGAAAGAAAUAGUGGUGUGUGUGCACAUGUUUGCAAAUGUGUGUGUGUGUGUGUGUGUGUGUGUGACAUUGAUUUGGCUGGAGCCCCAAAUUUAGGUCAAUUAGAACCAGCAUGCAAUAAUGUACUGAAAGGUCAGCAUUAGGUCAGUAUCUCGCAUUAGUGUUCAUUUUGACCAUUUCAGAGUAAAGAAAUAUGUGUGUGCAUUCACACACACACACACACACACACACACACACAGUAAAAAGUGAUGCUUUAAAUUUAUUUCAUUCAAAUACAUUAAUAAAAUGCUUUUCAUUAACACUAUUCUUGCCAAAACUAAAUGAAAUGAACAACAGCAAUUGUCUUGAUUUAAUUUCAUUCAGGUGGAACCAACAUACACAUUUGAUUCAAGUAAAUUUGGAGCAACACUUUCGUUAGUAAAGAGCCGUAGCUGCCCAGAACUGUGUUGUCCUGCCAUGUUGUAUCACAGAUGCUGGUUAAAUAUCUGGAUUUAGGGGCUCCAGAGUGGUUCAGCCAUCUAAAUGCUGGCCCUAUCAUCGAGAGAUUGCAAGUUCAGUCCCUGGCAAUGCCACAGCCAUCCUUGGCCAGGAGUGGCAUCACUCUUCUUGGUUGGGUAAGAUGGCCCUCCUUCUCCCCCCUUCAGUAGCCAGUAUGGAUGUCUGUUUGCUGACGUAACGGAAUUGGUAGUUAGUGUUCUCCUCCAAGCGUUCAUUAAUGGUGCAUUAGCAUCAGUUUGGUUUAACCCAGAGGUAGCAUGUGCUAGCCUUCACUCUAUGAUGGGGAGGCCUCGCUAAUGGGUGGAAAUAGGACAUGACUAAAUUGGGGAGAAGAUGGGAAAUUGCAGCAUGAUAUCACAGUUCAAGGACAAAGACUGUUUGUACGACUGAAUACAAAAAUGUAGCAGCGAUUAUGAACUGACACUUUUAUUAUGACUGAUGUAACGAUUGAAGUGUGGGGGUCAGUUGCAAUGACCACUAAGUGAAAGAUCACUUACUGCACUGAUGCCUGUUUACUAAUUCGGCAUCUGGAGACGAAAAAGAACUCCAGUUGCAGUGUUUCAGAGGUGAACGAUCUUUAUUUUUCGUCCAAGUUACAACAGACCGUUGCAAGACGAGAGGUUUCAAAUGAGUUAGAAAGAAUAGGCUGUUUGCACAUCUUGCAGAUCAGUAUGCCUACAAACAUUUCACUAGUUAAAACAAUCACAGUUGCAUUAAUUGAUUUCAGUGCACAUAAGAAGUGUAAUUUAGAUAAACUGUAAUGGGAAAAUAACUAAUUUAUAAAUCAUGUUAGUGUUUUCCCAAAAUAGUUUGUUGUUGAUGUUGCAGAAAUCACUCCCUCCUGGAUGUCACCUGUGCUCAGUCAUUGGGAAUCAUUUGGAAAAGUGGAAGAAAGGGAGUAAAAUUUAAAGCACUUUAUCUGAAUUGUAACGGAAGCAUGUAGCAUCAGGCCAGAGGCAGUGCUGAAGGGUUAUGUGUAAUUGUAAUACCAGUUACAAUCCGCAGCGGUUUAACUAGGUGUAACUGCAAAGCACUGCAUUGAGUCAGUCGUCCAUUGCAGAUAAUUUAACCCCUUAAACUCUAAAUUUAUUAUUGUUAUUAAGGUUUAUUAUCUUGAGGCUUAUUAUUCAGUAAUUACUAUAAAUGAACUAGCAUUUAAUAUAUCAAUUAACUAUUUCUGACAAGUAUGUAGUUGUUGUUAUUAUUAUUAUUAUUGCAGUUUCAGCCACAAGAAUCAGGGACUGAUUCAAGGUUGAUCAAUUAAUGUGUAAUUCUGCUCUCAAAACAUACUGCUUAGGGCUUAAUGACAUUGUGUCCUCCAGUGGUGAUCUUGUGCUAAGCUGUGAUCAUUGCACUUGGCCCAGAGGGUUUGUAACAGGGCAUUAUGCAGCCUAUAUCUGCAUCUGAUACAAUCAAAACCCUUUCAACCAAAAUGAGACUUGUUGUGCUCACAGUGGUAGGAUUUACAAAGUGUGCGACAUUUCCUCCUCUGGUGUGAGAAACUCUCCUGCCAGUAUUGUACUAACGAUGUCAAUAUAGCUGACAGAAAGGACACUCAAGCACUGAAUAAAGAAAGUGGCAUAGUCGAACAUUAAGAAAAAUACAAUGGAAAAAAGAAGAUGCACAAAGUGGUGCAAUAUGCAGAAAGGGAGGAGAGAAUGUACAGUAAAUGAAAGCAAAGAGCCAUGGGGUCUGAGGCAAGGGUCAUCGGUCAGGGUUUCAAGAGUUACAUCAGCGGUCACUCUUGGAAUAAACAUCAACUCUUAUGUGCUCUGCCCUUAGAUUCCAGUCUUUAUUUAUUCAUUUGUUGAUUUAUGCAUUUAUUUAUGUUUGUUUGGUUAUUUAUUCAUAUGGCAGCUGGCAGAAUGGGCACUUAUUCUACAGCUUGCUUUGUAGAGGUUGAAGUUGUUUUUUUGUUUUGUUUUGUUUUUGUUUUUUGGCAAGAUUAAUAUCAACAUUAAUGGAAAAAUGAAGGAAAUCGCUGAUUGGAAAAACCUGUGCCUUUUCACCAAAUAGGAUGUGCGAAAAUAUUUACGCUACAUUUUGAUUGUGGAUUUUAAGGGGAACAGGGGUACAGAUUAUAAAGUACUCAAACACACGAAUCUCUGCAAAUCCUCAAGCGCAUACACUGACAAUGUGCUUUAUUAGAAUCUCCUACCUUACUGGCCACUAUAUGAGCUCUAUCACCCUGUCUUACUGCUUCACUAUAUAAUUGUACAAACCAUAGCCCAUCUGUUGUGAAGUACAGUUUCCAUGGUAGUGGCACGGUAAUGAAUGCCCUGCUGGUGCAAGUAUAUCAGGUACCCCAGUGUUGCUGAAGCUUUUACACACAUCAGCAGGUUGGAAGUAGGCCUGUACAAUCAUGACAUUUUACCUGAAGAUACCCUGCAACACUGUGGUCAGAAGCUGAAUAUUACUGAAAGAAUUGUGCAUACAGGCUCCAGUUUGCUGAACUCCGCCAUGGAGGUCCUAGAGAGUAGGGGUUUCUAAUAAAGUGUAAAAGCAUUUAUGUUUUUGUAAUCCACACCAACAAGCAGCCAUAGCAACAGUGAUAGUGAUUCAGACCUGUCACUGAGCAUCUUGCACUUCCAGAAUUCACUAAACAUGACAGUCGAUUUCCAACCAACACGUCCAGGAUUUGGAGUGAUGCCCCCCCUUCACUCCUUUUUGGAGUGCUGAGACUGAUGGUGAACACAUUUCAUCAUCCGCCACAGUCGAUUCCCACAUUAAUCAUCUAGCAGUGUCUAAAAACUUGAAAACGUUGUAUCACAUUUGGUUGAUAUGAUAUAAAAAAGGGACGAAAAAUCAAACUGCACCAACUUCAUGUGCUGCUGAAGUGUUUCUAAAAGAGAUUUUUAAAGGUUAUUGAUAUAAUUCACUCUGCUCUGUGUGCAGUUUCACAAUUCUAAACUCAACCCACGUUUACUGCCCUGGCAAUGCAUUCAUUUUAUAUUUGAAGUGCGCAUUCAUUCUUUCUCUUUUUUUUUUGAGGUGUUUUUUUUUGUGGUUAUUUUUCAACAUGAUGACAUUUUUGUACAAAUUGAUUGCACUUACUUUGGUUCUAUUUUUUCAUGUUUUUAGCUGUACAGAUCAAUACAGCUGGUCAUGAAUGCUGAAGCGAAUGACCUUGUUUCUUGAGCCUUUUUUUUGUACGACAGUAGAACCCCGUCCUCUUUUGCUAAAGCCCUUUCCUCCUUCUUUCUAUCCCUUCUUCCUCUCAUCCUUCCACCGUCCUGCUCACUUUGUUGAUUCCCUCUUCUACUUCUUUCCUGUCUUUCUCCCCCUCGCUCUGUAGCUUUAUUGUUCUUUCUACUUUUUCAAUAAGUAAAAAAUGGAAAUCUUUUAAUAAACAACACAUUUUGGAAAUAA